AACACUUGUUGAGAUUAGUAGAAAUUAGGAGCCAAACAGUCUCAUGCGAGAUCAUGUAGCCUGAGCACAUGUCAACUUCAUGGUUCUGAGAAUCAUCUAGCCACUUAAGUAACAUGUAUUGUCGAAGCAUUUGUAUGCCGAAUCAUACAUCUCGCAAGUGCUAUGUUCUGCUAAAUGAUCAUGGAAUCCCUUUACUCAUGACAUUGACCGGCUUGCAUACCUAUGUAAUGUUGAUCAUAUCAUGUUGCCUCCCAUUUUCAUAUGAAGCCAUAAGCAAGCGCGAAGAUACCUGGGUACUGCCCAUUUGCAGAUUGAGGUAAAGAAUAAUGUCGAUCGUUCGAAAAGGAAAGUGUUACAAUCAAGG